AUCAACCCUCUCUAAAGUUGCCGUCUCAGAGUCCCCACACACGUCCUCCCAUUUCUCAGCUUUUCUCCAUCGAUCGUUGCAGAAAUGGUCACCUUCUCAGAAGAAGCAGGACGCGAGGAGGGCCCAACGGAGCACUUUAGAGCCCUAACGCCAACCACCCUGCACCCUCUUUAAUUAUGCAACGAGGACCACCAAUGCUUCUUGCCAUCCUCUUGUGAAUUGUGAUCGAUCACUUCCCUCUCAAUGGAGGAUGCCACUAACAAUUGCGGCGGUGCUGGUCAAGAAGGCGAGGCGUUCAGUUGUUCGACUGACGACGAGAACAGCAGCAGAAGCUGCUCGAGCUUUGAGAGCAAGAUGGUGUCUGAUUCUGAUUCGAAACCGGACGAAGUUUCUAAGCUAAAAGGUGCAUUUCAGAUGAUGAGUGCUCGCGAUCGAGUUGUGCAAAUGAGAAAUGCUGCUUUUAUUUUACAUGCCGUUUGCAUUCGUUUAGAGAUUGAGCUGAUGAGGGAGAGGCUGUCUAAAUUGCUGCUAGGGGAAGACAUGUCAGGCUGUGGCAAAGGGGUGGGCACGGCACUGACCAUCUCCAAUGCAAUCACCAAUCUCUGUGUUUCUGUGUUUGGGCAGCUCUGGAGGUUGGAACCUCUGCCUCCUGAGAAGAAAUCGAUGUGGCGAAGGGAGAUGGAGUGGCUUAUCUGUGUUUGUGACUACAUUGUUGAACUCAUACCGUCUUCGCAAACAUCUCCUGAUGGAAGCAAGCAUGAGGUCAUGACUUGUAAGCCAAGGCCAGAUUUAUGCAUCAAUCUGCCAGCGCUCAGGAAACUGGACAAUAUGCUUCUUGAAAUACUAGAUAGCUUCAGUGAUCCAGAAUUUUGGUACGUUGAUCAGGGGAUAAUGGGAUCAGAUUCUGAUAGUUUGGCAUCUUUCAGAAAAAAGAUUCACCAACACAAUGAGAAAUGGUGGCUUCCCGUGCCUCGUGUCCCACUCAAUGGACUGAGAGAGAGCGCGAGAAAGCAUCUGCAACACAAGAGAGAUUGUGCAAACCAGAUUUUGAAGGCUUCAGUUGCAAUCAAUAGCAAUACUUUGGCAGAAAUGGAAGUUCCUGACUCUUACAUUGAUUCACUUCCUAAGAAUCUAAGAGCAAGCAUGGGCGAGUUGUUAUACCGUUAUCUUACUUCAGAACAAUUCUCACCGAAUCGCCUUCUGGAUUGUCUCGAUCUGUCCUCUGAACACCAAGCUCUUGAAAUCUCAAACCACAUUGAAGCUUCCAUAUAUGUUUGGCGUAGUCAAAAAUCAGCAAGUAGCCACCAAAAUAGCACCGCCAGAACAUCUUGGGGCCUCGUGAGGGACAUGGUCGUCGAUGCCAAAAAAAGGGCAGCAUUUGCAGAUAGAGCUGAGAACAUCUUGCUGUGCUUGAAGCAAAGGUUCCCUGGUCUAACACAAACUAACUUGGAUGUCUGCAAAAUCCAAUUCAACAAGGAUAUCGGAAAAUCCAUUCUCGAAGGAUAUUCUAGAGUACUAGAGAGCCUUGCGUUCAACAUCAUUGCUCGUAUCGAUGAAUUGCUUCGUGUAGAUGACCUUAGCAAGCAUUUGAAGAUUAGUUUUGUCGAGCCAAAGCGACCAUCAUUUCUGCACACAGUGCCUAGCUUAGACACUGCUCGUGUGACUGCUUACUCCACACAGAAUUUCUCCCCUGUAGCUGUAACUAAUCCGGCGAGAGAAGAGAGAUUCGCCAUCUUAAACGGUAAGUCCCACAAUCACGGAUUAGGCAUGAAGAAAAUCUUGACGAGUUAUUUGAGUGCCCAGGUCAAGGGAAAGAACUCUGGUAAUGUUGUUCAGUGUGCAGAAAUUUAGUGCAUGAAAGCUGAAGCUCAAGUUAUCUGAGGCCGAGUAAAAUGUGUUGAUGGAUUAUAAGUGGUGAAUGCAAAGUUACAAAUUUGUGUGUUUCACUAUUAGUGGGAGUUUAACUUGUUUGAGCGAAUGGCUUAAGAUUACUAGCCAUAGUGUGCCUCCUUGAAUGCUUGAUCAAACUUGUAUGGCACUGCAAACAUUGUGCUAGAUAAAGUUUAACUUAGUUGCA